UGGAAUUGACGUAGAAAAAUGUGUGAAAGGUCCCUUUAAGCGGUCAAUGACUGUACGUCACUGAACGCCCCCUGCACACGUUGGCUGUGAUGUGCAGUGAAUGGGCCAUGAAAACAGUAGACCUGGAUUAAUCCUAUAAUUGACAAGAAUGAGACAUCUCUAGCUAGUUACAGGAUUAAGGUAUUACUGGUGCAAGAGGGUGUUCGUUGUGGCAACUAACACGGACAGAGGCGCCGAAGCUCCAUCACCGACAGACCCCCUCCCCCCCCACUCGCCCUGCCAGUGGAGGAGUCAUGACCCGGAAGCCUCAUCACGGCCGCGGUACCCCCAGCACCACUAUCCUCCCCCAUCUGACCCUGGGCCUCACCCUGGCCCUCGUGCUCUCCUCCCCAGGGAGGGCGCUAGGCGAGGGCGAGGCUUCUUCUCCGGCCCAGGUGCUCCAGGACCUGCUGGCGCGCUACGGGGACAACGCCACCAUCUCCGUCCCCCAGCUGCGCUCCCUGCUGGCCCGCCUCAGCGCCGGGCAGGGGGACGGCAACGCCACGGCAACGCCACAGCCCCCACCCGCAGGGCCCCCAGCCGCCCCCCCGAGGACGAACGGCUCUAAAUGCCUCCCUGCUGAUACCCUGGCGGUGUACAGCAUCAGCGAGCAGUCCCGCCUGGACGGGCGGGGCUUACAGGAGCUCUGCCCCACCAUGCUGCAGCAAUUGGACGCCGGCAAUUGUGGCGCAGAGCCACGGGAGGAGCUUAACGUAGACCUGCCCCCUAGACCCACGGAUUCGGAAGUUUGGGGUUAUGGGUUCCUGUGCGUGACGCUCAUCUCGCUGUGCUCCCUGGUCGGCGCCGCCGUGGUGCCGUUCAUGAGGAAAAACUUUUACAAGCGCCUACUGCUCUACUUCAUAGCCCUGGCCAUUGGCACGCUCUACUCCAACGCCCUGUUUCAGCUCAUCCCAGAGGCGUUUGGCUUCGACCCCAUGGUGGACUUCUACGUGUCCAAGUCCACCGUGGUGUUCGGAGGCUUCUACCUGUUCUUCUUCACGGAGAAGGUCCUCAAGAUGCUGCUGAAACGGAAGGACGGGGCCAAAGGUCACGGGCACGGGCACAGCCACUACCCCGCGGCGGAGCGCUACGCGGCGGCCAACGGCGACAUGGAGGAGGGUGUGACGGAGAAGCUGCAGAAUGGGGAGGCGGGGCUAGGGGCGGGGCUAGCUCUGGACAAGGUGGACGGAGGAGAGGGGGACCGCAUGCUCACCCCUGACACCACCCCGCAGGACGCGCAGAGCUUAGGAGGGGGCGGGACGAGCAGCGGCGGCUGCUAUUGGCUGAAGGGGACGGCGUACUCUGACAUCGGCACGCUGGCCUGGAUGAUCACGCUGAGCGACGGGCUGCACAACUUCAUCGACGGCCUGGCCAUCGGGGCCUCCUUCACAGCCUCCGUCUUCCAGGGAGUCAGCACCUCCAUAGCCAUCCUGUGUGAAGAGUUCCCCCACGAGCUGGGAGACUUUGUGAUCCUGCUCAACGCUGGCAUGAGCAUCCAGCAGGCCCUGUUCUUCAACUUCCUGUCUGCCUGCUGUUGCUACCUGGGCAUGGGCUUUGGCAUCCUGGCUGGAAACAGUUUCUCACCCAACUGGAUCUUUGCCCUGGCCGGGGGCAUGUUCCUUUACAUUGCUCUGGCUGACAUGUUCCCAGAGAUGAACGAGGUGAGUCGUGAGGAGGAGGAGGCCGGGGGCACCCGUGCGCUCGUCACCUUCGCUAUCCAGAACGCCGGCCUGCUGACCGGCUUCGCCAUCAUGCUCCUGCUCACCACCUUCUCUGGACAGAUCGCGCUGACAUAGCACGCGCACACAGCCCCCGAAUGAACCACUUCCGACCGGACGCAACUGGAACCUGAAUCCUGGGACCCUGCAGGUUUCAGAUUUGAGAGUAAACUGAUCUUAACUGGGACCUGCUUCUUUAAGGGAGCCUUCCCAGUAUUUUUCCUCCCCCCCCCCCCCUCCUCAAACAGGUAACCCAGGGAUGGUCACGUGCGGCAGGAUCGCACUUGCCUCUACGAAAUGUCUGAGCUCCUAUAUGCAGUACCUGACUGACGAGGCCCCUCCCCUCGCCUCUUUAGCCCCACCCCCCAUGCCCGGCCCUCUUCCAGGGACCACAAACCUCCCUUCCUCUAUUAAGAAGCUCUUUGUGAACUCCUGUGUACUGUUCAUUAAUGGAUGUGCAAUACAGACUAAAUAUAAACAAACCUCUUUCCCAACCCUUGUCACUUCCCCCUAGACUACUGAGCAGCCAUUUAGUCUCAGCUGAUUGAGUCAUCUGUUCCCACAAUUAUUUCCUCUUCUUUGUGUGUGUCCAUAGUCUACAGAACCAGCAGCUUAAAGAAGCAUUGUAAACGUCCUUGGACUUUCUUAACUUCGCAUUCCUUACCAAAAAAAAGAAGUACAAACGAACUGGUAUGUCGAGCAGCAAAACAAAACCGAACAAUACGAUUGCUUUUCCAACGGACGAUGUUUUGUGUUUUUUUUUAUGUUGUUUUUUUACAUUAGAUACUAGACAGAACAAAACCACAAGAGACUGAAUUCUAAAGACCAAAUAUGGACCGGGCCAUAGUCAGCGAAGGGCUUUAUUGAGAUGCUUGUCUCCUUCAGUGUGCCCCGCAUUUUGUUUUUCCUCCAGAAGUCCUCUAUAGAGGCUGUGUCAGCCAUGGUGGACUACGGUGGCCCAGAGGGUCACACAGUCUCAUAGUUAACCACCUGUGCCCUUCAUUCAUGAACUAAUUAUAGAUCUUUACUACAGUCUAGUACUACUACUACUAUGUACUGUCAAGCAGAUUGAAUGCAGUGCUUUGUUCAUCCUCAGUGCGGUUUUCCUCCUGGCUAUCUUUAUUGUAUUGCAGUGGAUCAAAUGUAUAGAAUCAUAAUGGAAUCGAUCUUUGUGUUGAACGGUAUACACCUUCAAGCUCUGGCUUAGUGUGUGUUGUAAUGCAACACCAACAAGGACAAGUCCAGAGAGUUGGGUUUUCCUUCCGCAACAACAAAAAAGCAAGGUAUUUGCAAGGUAAAUAACUGCCGUCGUCGGGUAUAGUUGGUUUUAAGGUAUAUUUAUACAAAUGCUUUGUUAAAUCAGAUCAAACAUAUUUUGAUUUAUUGAGUGCUCAGUUCUAGUCUAAAUCAUGUAAUGGAACAUGAUUAAAAGAUUCCUAAUUCCCUGCUAAGGACGCUGUUCUCUGUCUAUUACACAUACAUUCUCUGUCCCAUUUAAGCCAUUGGAUGUGAAUAACAACUAUAUAAGUUUCUGCUGUAAUAUUAAUAUAUUUUUACAAGUAGAUGGAUACAAAGUCAUUGCAGGCAGAAUGCACCAGUAAGUGUGCUGUUAAUCAUGCUUCUUGACGGUUAAGAAUAACAAGGCAAAUGCAUCCUGUGAGGCUUAUCUUAGUACUCUACUAAAUGCUGACAUUUUUAAUCUAUAGAUUUGAAGUACACUACACACUAUAAUAUGUAGAUGUAUUCUCAGUUGUAAACUAGCUGUUAAUAGGGAUUAACCAAGCCAUCACAUUUAAGUAUGUACCCCCAUGAAAUAUCGCAACACUUGACAUAUCGUUUUUGAGCCAUUUGAGAUUUGUAUUUCGUUUCCAGUAGAUCACCCUUUUAUGCAUUUAUGUGCACAUUUUUGGGGGGGUUGAAGACAAGCCGUUUGAUCUGAGGCAAAAAUGCAAUGCUGAUAUUUUUCUGUAUUAACAUGUACAGUAUUUUGUUAGCAUGAUCUGUCCUUGUACAACCAUCCUAAGCAGAGUACACUAUUUUUUGUACACAGAACAAAUGUUAACCUUCAUACCGCGAUCCCGUUAUGAAGCUUAGUACUCUCUCAAACAUCUCAUUGUGUGACCACAGCAACUGACUUUUGAAGAAGACAUUAUUUAUUGAUGCUGUAAAGACGUUAUAAGCUCCUGUGAAUAGUGCUGUAGAGAAUCAAAUUGUACGUUAUGGUAAACCAAAUCAGCCUUCUCAGUGUGUCGUGAGAACAUGUCUUUUUAUAAACAUUAUUUUACAAGA